AACGACCAGAAGACGCUGUAUGGCUGGAGGGCUGAAAGGGAAGUGAGAGGAGUCUCCUGGUGAUGGAGAACCAAAUUUCGACCAAGGCUGAGGAGGCCAAGCUGGAGCUGGAGGCUGUGAUCGGCUUCAACGGACAUGUGCCCACUGGUCUGCAGUGUCAUCCUGACCAGGAGCAUCUGAUUUACCCUCUCGGUUGCACCAUCCUCAUUCAGUCAAUAAAUACUAAGGAACAGAAUUUACUACGCGGUCAUGGCAACAAUGUCUCCUGUGUGACCACCUCCAAGAGUGGAGUUUACAUUGCCUCGGGACAAGUUACGUUCAUGGGCUUCAAGGCAGAUAUCAUUUUGUGGGAUUAUAAGAAGAGGGAGCUGAUUGCUCGGCUGUCACUUCACAAGGGCAAAAUUGAAGAUCUGGCGUUUUCACCAAAUGAUUUGUACUUGGUGUCACUAGGAGGCCCAGAUGAUGGAAGUGUAGUGGUGUGGAGCAUAGCCAAGAGAGAAGCCAUCUGUGGCAGUCCAGCGGCCGGCCUCAAUGUCGGGAAUGCCACCACAGUGAUCUUCUUGGGGAGCAACGAUGAGAUGUUUGUUACUGCUGGAAAGGGGACAAUCCGAGUAUGGGAACUGGAUCUCCCAAAUAGAAAAAUCUGGCCAACUGAGUGCCAAACAGGACAGAUGAAAAGAAUAGUCCUUAGUAUUACAAUGGCCACUGAUGAUUGCUUUUUCUACCUUGGCACCACAACUGGAGAUAUUCUAAAACUGAACCCGAAGACUAAACUACUGGUAGACACUGGGCCUGCAAAGGACAAAUUCAGUCUGGGAGUGUCGGCUAUCAAGUGCCUGAAGAUGGAGGAGUUGUUAGUGGGUUCUGGAGCUGGACUGCUGGUCUUCUGUAAAAGCCCCAGCUACAAACCCCUCAAGAAACUCCAGUUGCAAGGUGGCAUCACUUCUAUCACGCUUCGAGGGGAAGGACACCAGUUUUUUGUAGGAACAGAAGAAUCAUACAUUUAUUGUGUCAACCUCACAGAUUUCAAAGAGACUCUCAUUGCGACUUGUCACUUUGAAGCUGUCCAGGACAUUGUCUUUCCAUUUGGCACUGCUGAACUAUUUGCCACCUGUGCCAAGGAGGACAUUCGAGUGUGGCACACGCUGUCCAACAGGGAGCUGCUGCGGAUCACUGUGCACAACAUGACCUGCCACAGCAUUGACUUCAUGAGAGACGGCAAGAGCAUCAUUUCAGCGUGGAACGACGGUAAAAUCCGAGCCUUCACCCCAGAGACAGGCCGGUUGCUGUAUGUCAUUAACAAUGCCCACAGGAUCGGAGUGACAGCCAUCGCUACCACCAGUGACUGUAAAAGGGUCAUCAGCGGCGGCGGGGAAGGGGAGGUGAGAGUGUGGCAGAUAGGCUGCCAGACCCAGAAGCUGGAGGAGGCCCUGAAGGAGCAUAAGUCUUCCGUGUCCUGCAUUCGGGUGAAGAAGAACAACGAGGAGUGUGUCACAGCCAGCACAGAUGGCACUUGCAUCAUUUGGGACCUUGUACAUCUUAGAAGGAAUCAGAUGAUCCUGGCGAACAACUUAUUCCAGUGUGUUUGUUAUCACCCUGACGAGUUCCAGCUCAUCACCUGUGGGACAGACAGAAAGAUUGCUUACUGGGAAGUGUUUGAUGGGUCAGUAAUCAGAGAGUUGGAAGCUUCCUUGUCUGGGUCAAUCAAUGGUAUGGAUAUCACACAGGAAGGAGUGUACUUUGUUACAGGUGGAGAUGACCAUCUGGUCAAGGUUUGGGAUUAUAACGAGGGUGAAGUGACUCACGUUGGGAUUGGGCACAGUGGCAACAUCACGGGUAUCCGGAUAAGUCCGGGAAAUCAGUACAUCAUUAGUGUAAGUACAGAUGGAGCCAUUUUGAGGUGGAAGUACCCAUUUGCCUCAUGAAGCAACGGAGAACUCCUGGUUCCCAGCAUUGCACAGUUCUGCAGAAGGCUGAGCUCAGAUAACUCCAAAGCUGGUUUUGAUUUCUUACAUCUGUGUUUUUGUUCUUUAGUCAAAAUAUUUUAUUUGUAAGUUUCUCCUUUCCUUGAUAGAAUGCAUUCUAUAUUCUUACAUUAUAUAUUAAAAUUGAAAUAUGGUCGAGAAUAAUUUGUCCACACCUGUUAAACGUUUAUU